AUGUCAACAACAAGUAGUAAUGGCAGUACCAAUGGUGUUGCGUGUGUUAUCAACAACAACAAUGGACAUUGCUCAAACAAUAAUAGGAAGUUUGUAAACUUGAUCAUUAGGAAUGUAGUUCAACAGAAUAGUAUACCAGAUGGAACUAUACCAUCACCAGAGGCACAGUUCUCUCUCACCAAGUACUUUGACGAUCCCAACACUGUCGAUCUUGUAUUCUUAAACAUGAUGGACAGGGUACGAAAUGAACGAUCACAUUAUGAACAGGUAUUGUCAAGGAUAUUGAAGCUCAUCAAGAAUAAUAUAGCUUUGCAUCCACCUUCGGUACAGACUCUGCUGGACUUGGAUGCCUUUUGUGUCAUAACGGCACAGACCUCAAGCAAUCAAUUACAAAAGAGCAUAACAUAUAUUAGAGCAUUGAUAUCCAAUCAGAUGCGUGUUGUUCAACAACAGCAAUUGACAGGCUCAGGCUCAUCCGAUAAACAGCAGCUACCAAAGAUCAGGAUGACAACUUCGACAUCGAGCAAUGUUGGUCUGGCAAGGACCCGAAGUCAAUCGGCCACUGCAUCAAUGUCACACAACUUGCGCGACAGCUCCGACUCGGGACACAAUUCCCGGGAUCCAACUAUAUUACAGCGUGCAUCACUGGAUCUGUCGAAUGGCGCCAACAACAGCACCAACACUGUGGGAUCUGGCUCGUCGUCUGUCAACUCGAACCAUUCGUCGCCAUACUCUGACUCGCCACUGCGCAGUGCACUGUCGACAUCGCUCAACAAUGCGCCACUCUCGCCCAACCUCGUCUCGUCGUACACAUCCAACUCUUCGGCCAUGUCACAGGCGCUAGACACGCCAAUGUCAUUCUCUGGCAGUUCAAUUCCUACCGUUGGCUCAUCACACCACCUGCUCAAGGACAGUUCGUCAUCAGUCGUAUACGCUCCCACUCAAGAGGAUGGAUACAUCUGCGACCUAAUCAAUCUCAAGACAUGGGGAAAGAUCAAUUCACAAACUAGACAGAAGAUACAGAGUAUGUUGACACACUCACCAUUUGGCAUUAUGAAGAGUGGGGAGGCCAAGGGCAAGGACAUCUUCCAAUGUCCAGACGACACUAGUAACAUGAAGCCAAUCAAGAUUGUCCAACAGGCAAAGAAGAAGGUGGAGAGAAAGGACGCAACGAUCACACUGAGGCGAAGGAAGGCACCGGCACUAUUCCAGUACAAGUAUUAUAAGGAACAGGAACCACUCAAGAUCAGUGAGGACGAGAGACAGCAGGUGAUCAGAGUGAUCAAUAACCCCUCGACACCACAAGAGCGAUCAAUCGCUUCAAAGAUAUUCAUCAAGAUUCUCCUGGAUAUAUAUUGCAAGAGUGGCUUGGAUGGCGAGAAGACGGUGCUUGCCUACUUGAAGCAGAUCAUCACGAGCGACCACAAGGACGCCCGCAUCCACCUGUUCAACAUCAUCUACAACCUGUCAGUGCAUAUCAACAUCUACUCGGAGCUGAAGCUCAUUGACGAUGGAUCGUCUGGAAUGAUUGGCGAGCUGCAGGACUCAGUCUACUCUUUGCUUCGCGACAUCCUCAAUCACUGUGUGCAAAACAAGGAGAGAGAUGAGAAGGUCUGGAUGGAGGCACUCAACUGCACACUCUUCUUUAUCGUCCAUCAAGGUGUCGUACUGCGCAGUCGACUACUCCAGCUCAACCCACAAGCCAUCGCCUGCUUCCUCAAGUACGCCCACGACGCCAGCGAUCAAAUCAAACGCACCCUGGUCAGGAUGUUAUGUAACUUCUUGUACAAGGACGCAAUACCAAACCAACAAGGACAUAUCUACCUGAAUGAGGAUGAGCUGAAUAAGGUUGGAGGCAUCGACUUCAUCCUUAAGCUAUACACCACCAUUCGUUCCAAUGAAGCCAAGAACAACCUAUUCGUUGUGAUCUUUGAUUAUGCCCUACAGAGUUCACUCAAGAGUCAGACCAUCUCAGAGACACAACUGACACAGGAGGCACCAUUGUUGUUGGAACUGUUCAAACGAGCAGACGUUCCACAUUACUUUGUACAGUUGUUCAAGUGCAUACCUGAGAAGGACUUUGUCUCGGACUUCUUCCUCUUCACUACAAUGUCAACGUCGUCGGCAUCUUCACAGGGCAAGCUUACAGAGGCCACUUACUCUGAAGACCUUAUCAUCAAGUUCUCAAUGAAGGUGCAUGAGCUGGCGAUCAGAUUCCAAAAGGUUGAGGCCAACCUCGAGUCACAAGAACCUGACAAGACAGCUGCACUGCUACAACAAUGGUUGUUCAAUGAUCAUGAUGAAGUGGUCAGAAACAAUGGAGUCAACUUAUUAUAUUCAUCAAUCAAGAAGAUAAUGGUGGAUAAUGAAUCGCCCAACAUACUAUUCAACCUGUUUAUGCAGUUGGCAACACAUCAGGAUGCUCACAUCAGACGUAUCUACAUCACAAUCACACAGCGACUAUUGUUAGUGGCCAAGUACAAGUACAAAGGAAAUGAGGCAACCAAAUCACAAGAGAUCAUUGACCUCUUCAAUGAUUGUAUAGUACGAAUAGCCAACGUCAGCAGUAUCGAGAAGGACGAAGACAACCUCAUCUACAUUGCAGACAUCCUAUUCGAUUUGAUCUACAGUAGGAAUGGAUCCAAAUCAUUGUACAUUAGGGACACGAUGCCAGACACCAACUUCUCAUUGUUCUUGAACAAUCAAUUCGUUAUCUCAACAAGUUUGCUAAAGUUGGUCAGUGUUGGCAUCAUCCACUACCUCUUCUCAAACAUCAGUCCAUCCAAUGACAAGUACUUUGAGCCAAGACUAGUAUUACUCCAUCUUCUUAUAAUGAGAUGUCGCGAUGCAGAGACCUUGGAGAAAGCAGGUGGAAUCAGUUUCUUCAAGUCUCUCAUGCAUGAUCCAUGUACACAGAUUGCAUAUCAUUCUAGCUACUUCCUUCUAUCACAAUUGGAAGCGGAGAGUCCUGAACAGUAUAGGAGUAUUCUGACACGAUUGCUUACCAAGGCACGUGAGAACAAUGAUGAGAAUCUGAUUUCCAAUCCAUUCUUCCAAGUGCAAGGUAUCAUUUCCAUGACUCACAAAUGA